CCGCCGAGACCAACCGCCUACCGCCGCCAACACCGCCUUCGCCAUAGCGCCGUUCCUUCUAUUUCAUUUCCCUUAUCAUUUCAAUAAGGUUCAAUGUCACACUUAAGAGAAAGUAAGGAGUACUUUGGCAUUUGUUGUUACUCUAAGAAAGGCUUCUAAUCAGAUGCAACAAGAGCAAUUGGUGGAAAUUUCAGUUGAUUCAUUUAAGUUUCUAGUUCAGUUGUCAGUUGCCGUUGGGAUCAAGUCGUUCUGGCCGAUGCAGCGGCGACCAGACGAACCAUUAUCAGCAGUUAUUUUUGCCUUCAUCAAUGGGGAAUGUGGUCGGCUCAGUUUUCUCUGGAUUUGCUCAAGUUAUUGGCAAAAUUCUCGGUCAUCCACUUGACUUCCUCUCUGGAAAAUCUUGCAACUCAAUAUGUGGUUCAACAUGGGAUAUCAUCUGUUACAUCGAGAACUUCUGUGUGGCGCAUCUGCUGAAGUUGGGCAUGGUGGCAACCUUGUCUUACUUCGAAAAUGCAGUUCUCUUAUUCUUCUACCUGUUAUGCAAUUUGGGAAUCUGCCAAUGCAUUUGUCGCACUCUUUGUCGAGUUGUAUGGGCUUGUUUUGCUAGUUGUUUCUCAGCAUUAGACUUUUGUUGCACCUACUUGUGUUUCAAGCUUCGAACAAUCAAGAGAAAACGCAGGAGGAGAAAGAGAGACCUUGAAGAGUUUGCUGCCACUAGUGAGGAAGACUGUGAAUUAGCGGAGAGAACUGUUAUCCAACAAACUAGAAAUCUUGAACAUGGGAGAUCACAGUUUAGUAAAAGGAGCAACUACAAAAAUGUGCGUCUGAGGAGAUCUUUGAGGCCUAGUAGUCAUCGACCACGAAUGAAGUUAUCUGGGAGUUCCAUUCAUCAGCAUAGGAGAAAGAUUUUGAUUAAUUUUGGUGAUCAGAGUAGCCCAGUUCACCAUCAUAUUCGAGUAACCAGGAGUACAAAAGGAUCUACGCAUAGAACAGGGAUUCGUCACAGGAGGCCGUAAAUUCGAAGAAUGUAUGAGAGCAUAGCUCUGAUCUUACCCACAAAACCAUAUAGCUACUUCUCAAAGUAUGGAGUUAUAGUCGAGGUUGAUGGAAUAAAUACUCAGCUGAUGUAGAUUGUUAUGAUACUACGUUAUCUUAAUUUUUAUUUAACUAGUGUAUGUAAUAUUUGUGCAAAUGUGGUGCAAGAAAACCGUUGGAAUUCAUUCAGAAGGAUUCUUAGCAUA